AUGAGACUUCAAUUCCUCUCUCUUUUCGCCGUGAUUGGCCUUGCCUCGGCCACUUGCUACACCGAUGUCUACCCCAAUACCAAUAUCGCCAUCUCGUGCACAAACGAGAAGGGCCAAUCGGGAUUCUUGAAGAACUGCGAUGUGCCUGAUGAAGGCUGUGAUCAUGCCAACGGCGCCACUUCUGGAAUUACGUACUGCUGCCCAUCCUAA